AUGGUCAGGAAGCUGCGCCGGCAGCGGGAGCGGCUGUGCCGGUUCACGGUGGGGCGGCUGCUGCCGCAGGGCGCCGACUGCGUCUUCCUCAACGGCUCGUCGACGCUGGCGCCGCCCUGGGACCUCGACUACCCGGACUGGCCCGCCGGCGGCGCCGCCGUCGGACUCGGCGUCGGCGUGGGCGCCGCCAACUUCACCAACGACACCGGCACAGCGGUGGUGCAGACGCCUCCUCCGCUGGGCCCAGUGCUGCCACCCUUCGAGCUGUGGCAGACGGUGCUGAUCGCGCUGUGCCUGGGCGCGUGUAUCGUCCUCACGGUUGGUGGCAACAUCCUCGUGCUGCUCGCCUUCAUCGUAGACCGCACCAUCCGACAGCCGUCCAACUACUUCAUCGCCUCCCUCGCUGCUACGGACAUGCUCAUCGGCACGGUGUCGAUGCCGUUCUACACGGUGUACGUGCUGAUGGGCUACUGGGACCUGGGCCCCAUCCUGUGCGAUCUGUGGCUCUCGGUGGACUACACGGUGUGCCUGGUGUCCCAGUACACGGUGCUGCUGAUCACCAUCGACCGCUUCUGCUCGGUGAAGAUCGCGGCCCGGUACCGCAGCUGGCGCACCAAGCAGCGCGUCAUCUGGAUGGUGACCAUCACCUGGAUCAUCCCCGCGCUGCUCUUCUUCAUCUCCAUCUUCGGCUGGGAGCACUUCAUCGGCUACCGCGAUCUGCUGCCCGGCCAGUGCGCGGUCCAGUUCCUCAAGGACCCCAUCUUCAACACGGCGCUCAUCAUAGGCUACUACUGGACGACGCUGGUGGUGCUGUUCGUGCUGUACGGCGGCAUCUACAAGACGGCGUACGACAUGCAGAAGAAGAGCGAGGCCAAGCAGCGCAAGAUGCAGUCGAUGGUGGCGCUGUCGGCGGGCGCCGUCUCCGGCAUGGCGGGUCGCGCCGCGGGCAUCGGCCUCUCCAAGACGCAGAGCACGCUGCUCAGCCAGGACAAGCCGAAGGCGCCGGGGGCGGCGGGCGCGGCGCCGGGGGCGGGCGCGGGGGCCGCGGGGGCGGCGGACGGUGCGGCGACGGCGGCGGCGGGCGGCGGCGCUCCGGCCGCCAACGCUCAAGCAGCCACUCCGGUGGGAGCAGCCGUCUCCGGGGACUCGACCUCGUCCCAGAAGACGUCGUCGCAGCGCUGCACCAGCAACAGCCACACGGCCACCACGACCACCACCACGACCGCCGAGACGGCCCAGCAGCAGCAGCAGCAGCAGCAGCAGCAUCACCAGCAACAGCAACAGUCGGCCAAGUCUGUGGCGCCCACCCCAGUCACUGCCAACAACACCAUCGAGGGCGAGCGCUCUUCCAGUCCGGCCUUUGAGUCCGAUGAGGACAGCAGCACCAACAUUGGCCCGCCGCCGACGCCGUGGCGCGGGGCGCAGAACCACCAGCCGAAGCGCUGCUCGCUGGCCAACCUGGUGGUGCAGACUGGCGCCAGCGUGGCGGCGCUGCCCGCCUUCAACGGGCAGGCCUGCGUCGCGCUGUACCCGGUGGGCGGCCGCACGGCGCCGCCCAUGCCGGCGCACCUGUCCGGCCACCCCCAGCAGCCCCAGCAGCAGCAGCAGCAGCAGCAGCAGCUGGCCCAGAUACCCGAGGCGUCCUCCGGCGGCUGCAGCCUGCUCGACACGGACAACCCGUCCGCCGUGGCCGAGCUGUCAGUCAGGACGCUCACGCCGCUGCUUCUGGCGCAGCCCGCCGUGGCGCCGGUCCCGGUGGCGCCAGUGCCGCAGCCACUCACUCCGUCACCCCAGCAGCAGCUCACUGGCGCCAGUCCCAUCCCGCCGCCUGCUGCCUUCCAGACAGAGCCCCCACGGGCCCGCCCCCGCAGCCUGCUGGUGGCGGCGGCCCAGUCGCUCUGCUCCGCCACCUACGACAUCCUGGUGGGGCUCGACGGCGCAGACCUGCGGUACAUGGACGAGAGCUCCAUCACGGUGCCGUCUCCGGCGUUCGAGUCGCCGCCGACGUCCUCGUCCCUGGGGCUGGCUCACGGGGGCGGCGGCUCCGCCUCCACGGCGCCGCCGUCACCUGUGCACUUCUGCACUUCCGCCCCCGCGCCCACCCCCCAGCUAGGACAGGCGCCGAGCAUGUCGCUACUGCACGCGGCACUCGCGGAUCCCCCGCCCCCGGCGCCGCCCCCGGAAGCGCCGCCGGUGGCCAAGGUGGAAACGGCGGUGCGCCUCCGCGGCCCCCAGGACGCGGUGACCACCGUGGUGGAGCAGCACCCCGCCGCCCCCGUCGCGACGCUGGCACGACACAGCAAUAUUGGCAGCAGUGUGGGCGGCACGACGGUGAUCGCCCGGGAGAGCGGGGGCGGCGGAGGCGGCGGCAGCACUGCGGGCAGCUUCAUCCUCGGGGGCGGCUCGCGUCGCGACUUCGUGCGCAGCAUCGGCAAGCGCUUCAAGGGCGGCGGCAGCAAGCGGCGCUCCAGCAAGAAGGAGUCGUCGGGUCGCCAGAAGUCCAAGUCGGAGAACCGCGCGCGGAAGGCGUUCCGCACCAUCUCCUUCAUCCUGGGGGCGUUCGUCGCCUGCUGGACUCCGUACCACAUCCUGGCGCUCGUCGAGGGCUUCUGCGCGCAGCCGCCCUGCACCAACGAGCACCUCUUCAUGUUCUCCUACUUCCUCUGCUACGCCAACAGCCCCAUGAACCCCUUCUGCUACGCGCUGGCCAACCAGCAGUUCAAGAAGACCUUCACCCGCAUCCUGCGCGGAGAUCUCCACAUGACGUGA